UGUCCAAUGGUGCUUAUGUCGUCCGGCACAAGUGACGUAAUUUGUAUGCGCCCGGCGGGAUAAAAUUCACGAAGCAAUGGCGAGUGGAAAAAAGAGUGCGCUACUUUCCUCUUUAGCAGAUUAUGGAGACGAUUCGGAUCCUGACUCAGACCCCGAACCAGAAGAGACAGAGGUGCCCGAAGAAGAAGAAGAAGAAGAAGGAGGAGGAGGAGGAGGAGGCGGUGGAUUGGUGUUCGGCUACGGUGAGGAUGACCUGAAUCGAACUGAGAGUGUCAUUGACAAGGCAUCUGAAAAUGAAGACAGCCGAGAGAGUAAUUCGGAAAUGACGAAUGACGAAUCUGACGAGGGGAGGGACGCAGAUGAUGUUGAGGUCUCAGAAGUAGAAACAAAGGACCCAAAUGAGCUUGUCGCUCUCUUCUCAGAGAAGGUGAGAAACAUGUCACCUGAUGAAAUCAGAAUUCCACCUGAGCCCCCAGGACGCUGCUCCAGCCAAUUACAGGAGAAGAUCCAUAAGUUGUAUGAAAGGAAGCUCCAUGGCGAUUUCGACACCAACAGUCACAUCCAGAAGAAGAAAGAAUUUAGAAACCCAAGUAUUUACGAGAAGCUCAUUCAGUUCUGCAGUAUAGACGAAUUGGGAACCAACUAUCCAAAUGAUAUGUUUGAUCCACACGGCUGGUCAGAAGACUCCUACUAUGAAGCACUUGCCAAAGCCCAGAAAGUGGAGAUGGACAAGCUGGAAAAAGCCAAAAAGGAGCGGACAAAGAUUGAGUUUGUCACGGGUACGAAGAAAGGCGCCAACUCAUCCAACACGGCAGCUUCCACCACCAAUAGCAGCACCACCACGACAGCCACAGACACCCAGAAGAGGAAGAGCAAGUGGGACUCUGCCAUCCCUGUGACCCUGGCCCAGCCCACUCUCAUCACCACCACGUCAGCCACACUGCCGGCCGUUGUCUCCGUGACAACCACUGCCAGCGGCACCAAGACCACCGUCAUUUCUGCAGUGGGCACCAUAGUAAAGAAAGCCAAACAGUGAACCUGCUGGUUCCUGCAGGUGAUAGGAUGCGGCCCAAAUUGUCCUACGCUCAUCACACAUGUCAUCGCAUAGCACAAGACAGCUCAAAUGCCCACAGUACACAAGGACUAUUUAAUAGACUUGACUUCCUUCUAUCUCUGGGACUGUAAACUGUAUUUCAUCAUUCGUCUGGAUGAAGUGCUUGUCUGUGUGACAUCCUUUGGUUUCAGCAUGCCGGUAAAAGUUUCAUGGAGAAACAUAUGGAAAUGAGAAAUGCAUGUCUUCUGUCCGCAGUGCUGAUGCAGAGGUGACAGUCUUUUCUCCUGCUUAUUGACUCAUUUUGAGGUAAAACAUUUUUACAUUUGUAUAUAUAAUAAUGCUGAUUAGGUGAAUAAAUUUCUCUGUUGCCUUUUCA